AUGACGGAUUUCGGGGAGAUCCUGAGGCACAUUGGAGAGUUUGGAUUAUUCCAGAAGCUCACUCUGCUUGCACUCAGCUUUCCAAAUUUGGUUCAGGCUUUUAUUUUUGAAAGUUUUCUUUUUGUGGAGUUUGAUCCGGAUCGACACUGUAACACAGACUGGAUCCUCAGUGCUGAUCCUGACCUGAGCCCAGAGGAGCAGCUGAACCUGACUCUGCCCCGGGAGGAGGAUGGGACCUUCAGCAGGUGUCGGAUGUUCAAACCUGUGGACGGGAACAUUAGUACCAUCAGGGAGCACGGACUAAAUGAGAUCACAGGGUGCCAGAAUGGAUGGGUGUACAUCAACAACAUGUAUGACAGGACUGUGGUCACUGAUUUUAACCUAGUGUGUGACAACGCUAACUUGGUGGAAGUAAUACAGACGGUGUUCAUGGCCGGCGUUCUUAUUGGUUCCCUCAUAUUUGGACCUUCUUGCUGA